AUGAACCCGCGAUGUUCUAAAUGUAAAGCAGCAAUUAGGAAAUAUAACUACUCCGUCAAAGAGAUAGAACGUAUGCGAAACGACUAUGCAGAUUUAAAGAAAGAAGCAGAGAAGCCGGUUGAAAAUAAAAUGGACAUGUUAGAAUUUCUGAACAAAAACUAUCCAACUGCUGACGAUUUCCUUCUAUCUGAUGUCAAGAAGAAGUAUAAAGAAACUUUCGGUAUCGUUAAAACAUUCGAUGUACUAAAAGAAGAAAUAGAAGCUACAAAACUGUUUAGAGUCUCACGAAUUCAUAACGUUUACCAUGUAAAACGUUUAUAA